AUGUCAGAACCACUACCGUCUCGUCUCCCGGAGCACAGUGCUCCCAACUUUUUGAACCUAUUAUUGCCCUACAACAUCAUCCCACUCGCCAUUUAUUCAAUCUUCUUCCGAUUGGCGCGACGAUACGUGAAGGCCAACUUUUGGCUCAAAUUCGAGGGAUUCAAGUGAGAACAAGAGAGAUCAAGCUUCUUCUAGAAAACUUAGAACUUCAGACGAUACCGACUCCAGAAUCUGACCAUCUGCUGGGUGCACGCCGUCUUCGUCGGCCUCGCCGAUUUCAUACUGAUGGUCACUCAUCCGCAUGAGAUCUUCCACGAAGUCAUCGAGUGGUACGACCCGAUCGCCGCCCAGUUGCCCCUCAUUUCUGUCGGUUAGUUGAAUGUAUGCAUCAUGAAAUUCUUUAAGAUUGCAAUUUUCAGCCUAUUUCUUCCAAGACGCCAUCGACAUGUUGUCGUACGAAUGGUCCAGUUACACGCUCGAACUGCUGCUCCACCACUCCGUCACUUGCGCGGCUCUCGUGGCUCCGGCCGUCACGGGCCGAUUCAUACUCGCAGCAGGAUGGGCUCUUCUCAUGGAGGUCAACAGGUGAGCGCCCUUGGCUCUUGUUCUAAUAUCAACAUCCGAAUCCCUUACAGCAUCUUCCUCCACGCGCGUACAAUCCUCCAGAUCUGCGGGCUCUCCACCCAGUUCCCCGGCUAUUUCCGCGUCGUCGUCUACGCCAACAUCAUCAGCUUCUUCUUCUUCCGCAUCGUCUCGCAGUUGCUCUGGACGUGGUGGGCCGUGUCGAACGUGCCCGGCCUCCACUGGUACUACGAGUGCAUCGGCCUGCUUGGUCCGAUCGUGUUCGGCUGCAUCAACGGAAUGCUGUUCAUGCGACUGCUCGCCUCCGACGGAUUCUUGCCCGAAAGACUGCGCGCGCGCUUCACGGUGACCCGCGAUCGGACGGAGGAGCCCGAGAAGAAGAAAACAUAG